AUAAAAGACGGCCCCGUUACACGUACACAGCUAUCUUAGUCUUUCUCUGCUGUGUUGUUUGCACACGUUAACAGCUGCAGUUACUCUAAGCAUUUUGGAAUAAGUCACUGGAAACAAAAAGGAUAGUUGCGACGGUAAGAGGAGAAGAAAAAAAUUGUCAUCGUUUUGCGUAAUAACGGUUAUAUAAUGACCUUAUCAUGAAUUUUACUUUAAAAAAUCGGGAAGAAAAUGGUCUUAAUAACGUAUGAGAAUUCAACGAAAAAUCAACACACCAUUUCAUAACAUUUUAAGACCUUUAGGAACCGCCUUCCCCCUCCGAACAUCAAAUGAUUUCAAUCUCGCAGUGGCUGAAGUUCCGCACGAAGAACUGCCAAAAAAUCCAUUUUCAAUUAUCAUUUUGUAACUAAGAUAAACAAACAAUCGAACUGAGGAAGCUGCCAUCAAACUAGCGGUGAUUUUAUGACUCAGAAACGCUUGUCAUGGGUCGCCUCACGUACUGCGUGGGCGAAAUGGCGCACGUGGGUGGAUUACACGACGUAUAGCAGUUCUAACUAAGCAGGUCUUUUUCUUGCAGAAAGAAGAAUGAUUCUAAAAAACGAAGCACAGACAAAAACAAUCCAACAAACAGGGGAGAUUGCGCAGUUUUUACAGGUAAGAAAAGCCGAUUUGUCUGUCAUAAGCCGGGUAUUAGCUUUGAUACAUGCCUUUGGUCAUCUUAGACGUUAAGUCUGUUCAUUGAAUGUCUUCACAACAUCACUUUACAAUUUGCAGUAUGCUGAUCAUAUCAAUAUGUUUUUGUAUUGCUCAACAAAAAUCAACGCCACUCUAUUUGUACAUGUGUUCGUGCGUUUUUCUUUUUAGGCUGCAAAAAAUGUAUUAAGAAAACAUAGAGUAAAGUAAGACUCAGGGGAGAUAUUACGGGAGUGAAGAAACUUUGCUCGGAUCCUUGAAACAAGCUAGUAGGAGGAUUUCUUAUCCCACCCUUGCUUGGGCAGCUAAGAUAUAUCAGAUAAUAAUUUAUGAGAGGUAUUUCAUUUCAUUCUUAGGCCACUCCAAGACCAUGCAUAGCUCUGAAAAUUAAAGUUUUGAGGGCCAGGAAUGUCACGCAAGGGUGGUACGAUUGGAGUAAGUAGAACAGAUUUGAUUUUUUACUGUGUAACCAGGUACACAUUUUUUUUUCUUUAAAACCAAACAACACCAACAUCUUCUUUGAAAACAGGCUUACAACUAGUCAAUACAGUCAAUAUGAAGAGAGCCAUUUUUGGAGCUGAAGUUUUGGUAGCUGAAUCAGUUUAGACAACAGAAAGCUCUCUCUUACCGCCGGAUUUAAAUUUUCCACAUAAUUCUACCGCCGUCACAUUCAACUUAUAAACUCAAAUGCGUUCCUUGGCUCUCUCUUGUCAGUGAUCCCGUCCCUACCCUCCGAGGAGAGAUUUCUUAAUCUGGCAUAGUCGUUCGCAUGGCGUGUCAGUCGCGUAGUUGGCGUAAACAAACCAAUUACGCGACACACCAAAGAGAACGACUUUACAAAUGCUAAAAGCCAUGCCAGAAAGAAAUCUCUACUCGCCCGCAGGGUACCCUGUCUCAUCUGUUGCCGGCUCAAUCUCCCUCUAGAGGUUUGGAAGUACCCUGGGAGCCAGACACUCUUCUAGCGCGGUUUCCGGUUUCUGUCAAGUCUUUAUAGUGACCCGAAGAUGUGUCGGCCUUCGGCCAAGACCGAACAUUUCCGCCGCACGCGAGAAAAACCUCCGGUACCCAGGGUAGUUUGGAAGAGACUAAGAACGAGGCUGUUUAAAUCUAUUGAUUCGUCUCUCUUUUUUACGCUGCUAAUGUAGGACGUUAUAUCAUCAUUCCUUGGUUAAUCAAUUCCUACAUAUUCAAGACUCAAUUUUGUGUGCUUUUGCAGUCGACACCCCAGAUCCAUAUUUGAAGAUGCAGAUUCCUACAUCUGCUGAAAUUGUUAAAAGAACCAAAUGUGUGUCAAACAACAAGAAUCCUGAAUGGCACGAAGAACCUUUUGUAUUCCACAUCGAUCCUGAAGAAAACAACGUCUUAGGUUUGUUAAAAUAACCACUUACUGGCUCUAACUUUCUAUCAUACAAUAAUAACAUAUAAUAACAUAAAAGAAACAAAAGACGAAGAAAAAUUCGCCGGACAAUCCAGUCUUGGAAUCAGACGUGAUGAGAAACGUUCUUUUUUCUUGCCACGCCCUUCUGUCGAAAAAAGUUCCAGUUCUUUCGAGUUCCAGUUCUUUCGAUCGUUAUCAGGAGAAGACAUGUCGAGCCAUUUUUCUUGUUCUGUUGUAGAAUUAACUUUGUGGGAUGAAGACUACAACGAUGAUGAUCAAAUUGGACUAGCAGUUUGUUUGCCUUUGAAAAACUUGCAACUCGAUAAACCAGAGCACAGAACCCUUAAAUUUGGAGAGGUAAGUACAACAACUCAUGAAAUUAAGCGACGCCCCUGUGUGGAGAAGGUUGAUAACUCAUACGUAAAAUAAGAUUGAGAAAAUUCGAACUACGUGUGAUGUUCUUAAUUUACCCUCGAUCAAUAAUUGUAUUGCUCUGGUCAAGUGCUGUUAACAACCAAGCACUCGACCUCGUUGUCUAACCUAACUACUAAAUAAUCAUCCAGGAAAGUUUUCUUGGUACAUUUUUUACUACAUGCAGUGCGAAAUAAACGUUGUUGGUGUUGCUGUAUUCCACAACUACCUACUUACAAAAUUAGUCUUUUUUGUAUAUGUUUUAGCAUUCAGAGGUAGACAUCAUCCUGGAAGCUUCUGACGUGUAAGUUUGGGACAUUUCUCACUAUUUUCUUGUGAAUGCAUUAAAAAUUUUCUUGCUUCCUUUGUUAUAUUAACUUUUAAAUAUUUAACUUUUCAGUCCUGAGAAGCAAUCAGACCUUCGGCACAGCUCGGAGCUCUGCGAUGAAGAGAAAGGAUUUCGAGAAAAGAGAAAAGCUACUGUUUUUGAAGCGAUGAAAAAGCUCCUAGGGGAACGUGGCCCUCAGAACAUGGACGAGGUAGGAGGAGUAUUUGAGCAAUUUAGUCUUAACCGAUCCGCCAAGAUUAUAGCUCGGUUUUCAGUCUCGUUGAACGGGUUCACAACCAGAGAAUUGCAGUUGAUGAUCUAUGUAAUACUCAUAAACAUCAGUUUACCAAGCUCGCUUAUAUAUUUUUUCCCAGAAAGUUUUGAUCAGUACUAGCAUUAAUGAGGAGUGUGGUGGCGAAGGGGUUUUGUGAAAACUGCAGUGGUGUAAUUAGUACGUUGUUUUGUUGUACUCAGGUUCCAACGAUCGCAGUUCUUGGAUCUGGGGGAGGUUACCGAGCUACCACAGGCUUCAGUGCCGCCUGCAGGGCCCUGGAAGAAUUGGGCCUUUUAGAUUGUGUGACGUACCUCACUGGGUUAUCUGGUUCUGCUUGGUAAGUGAUUCUCUCAGAAGCAUGCGCUCGUCAACGUCAUAGGUUCCCUGGCGAACCGAGAUAGAAAGUCGAAGAAAAAUAGAGAGAAAAUGGAGACAGAAAACUGCUAAAACAGGGUAUUUGACUAACAGGAGAAACAAGACUGAACAAAAUCGCAUCUGUCCAAAAUAUAUGUCCCAAGAUCGUGCAAAGCGAAGCUCAUUGCAAAAGCGUGUAUGCUGUUGGUAUCAAGUAUGGUCAUAUAUCAAGUAUGGUCACAGGUAACCCAAGAAAGUUCGGUCGCAUGAGUACAGCACCUAACAGAAGACCUGAAAAGUUCGCUUAUGAAGAAAGUAAAAACUUCCAUAACAACUAAUGAAAAAAGAGACACAUCAGUUGGAUAGCAAAGCGACAAAAUGUCAUUAAGACAGAAAAAGGGAAUACCACAUCCUCAACCCUGCUGUACCUGCUAUAUGAAGGUCUUUCGCAUCCUUUCAUGCUACCGUAACUAAAGGAAUUUCUUUUAAUUCCUUAGGGGACUUUCUCUAUUAUACUCGCAAACUGCCGGCGACAAAAUCGACCCUAAGGAGACCCAAAAGAAUAUCAGGGAACAGCUUCAGUGGGGGCCUUUGUGGCUUCUUACCCCCAGGAGAGUGAUGCAUUACGUGAAGGAUAUCACUGAGAAAUGGAAGAAAGGACAGCCCGUAAGUCUGACGGAUUUUUAUGGCCACUGCGUUGGAGAGAGCCUACUGGGCCCGGUGAGUCUUGCCUCAAAUUUCUGUAAAACCUCAAUCAGCUCUCGAGUUUCCACCAUAAGGAACAUGAGUAUUUAUAGGGCAUACUGGAACAUAAAGAACACGCGAAAAAGAAGCACGUUCUAAGGCUUUUACUGCGAUAUCACGUUACUACUCGGUAAAGCUAGCCGCCUUCUGCUAUACGAGGCCGUCUUUGUAACGCUUUUAAGUCGCCUUCGAAACCAAUUCAUGAUAUGAGCUUUUAACCCUUUCACUCUUAGAAGUGCGAAAAGCUUAUUAAAUUGAGCGAAGAAGCACACAUUUCAUUUCGUAAAUUAUGAAAUAAGCUGUACUUUGCAAACUUUCUAACCAAGUUUCAGUUCAUACCAACACCUUAGGGUUUCGUUCACAGAUUCGAAAGGUAGACUAACAAAUAAUGUUGCCACAACUUGGUCUAGGGCUUAAAGGGGUUAAAAGAAAGUAUUAAUAAUGUGAGGUUUUGUUUCACAGAAAAAGGACAAAGUAAAGUUAAGCCAACAGCAGGAGAAAGUAAGUGAAGGCGCGGUUCCUAUGCCGAUAUACACCGCAAUCAACUCCAGGCGAGAUGUGUCAGCACAGUGGUUUGCAGGUAAAUUGUGUUUUACAGGAAAUCCAAGAUAUAUUUACCAAUAUACAUCAAACCAUAUUACGUUUGUUUAACAGUUUCUGCUCUAUUGUGCUUCAGAAUGGGUUGAAUUUACUCCUUAUGAGAUCGGUAUGGACAAGUAUGGCACAUUCAUGAAGACAGAAUUGUUUGGAAGCAAAUUCUUUUGCGGAAAACUUGUUGAGAAAUUUCCAGAAUUUCCGCUGUAUUACCUUCAAGGUUUGUUAUAAAUGUGUUCUUAAGUAACUUACAAAAAUGCUUUUACUUUCAGUUAUUUUCUUGCAACUAAUUUGAGAUCCACUGUUCACUCUUUAAUUCAGGAAUCUGGGGUAGUUUUUACGCUAUACUGUUGCAGCGAGUCUUGAAAGAAGAAGGAAAGUUGAAAGCGAUAAAAGAAAGUGACGACGAACAGCAACUGUUAGGUAAAGUAAUAAACAUUAUUCCAGUUCAAAUGAAGAAAUGCCGACCUACUCAGUGCAGAGAAACACAUUGAAGUUGCAGUUCUAGUAAAACUGAAAACAUUUUGAUGCCUUGGACCAGAAUUGAUCUAUCAUUCAUGCCCCUUGCUACUGGCAAGAUACGAUUCCCUACUAACCAACUGAGCCAAGCUCUAUUUACAAACUGUUAAUAGUAGUGUGAGAAAAAGAUUGCCCAAACUGUUUCUAACGGAAUUUCCUUACACAUAAUCUGCUCAAAAUAGCCACUAUGAGGCAUUUGGCGAUUAGAAGUUAUCUCUAAUUAAUUUUCCCUUCUUUUCUUUUUCAGAAAAACAGUUUCUCCCAAAAGACAACGACCAAACGGACAAUUAUGUUGACGAUGACGAUGACGUCAUAGAGCUCCGAAAAACGAAAAAGAAAGAAGAGGUGGAAAGUGUUCUUAUGGAGAAACUUACAACUGCUAUGACAACAGAUGAAGAGACGCAGCUGGAUGGUAAAGCAACAAAAAAUCAGAAAUCAGAGAAAAAAGAAUUUCGCAAGAAAGUCCUGGACUAUGUGCUGGAAAAGCUGCCAGGCCUGGAGAGUCGAUCGAAGAGAGCUGGGCUGGUUCAUAAUUUUCUUCGAGGCCUGAGACUCAGUUCACCACAAGGUAUUUGUCCUUAUCCAUGAUCCUCCAUAAAAUAUCCAGCCCUUACUAUAUUCCCCUUUCUUGUGUUCAUUAGGAGAUGCCCUCUUAAUACAGUUCAUUUUACACGAAACGUGCGAGGAAACGCUUGGGAUUUACUGACACCCGUGUGCGCGCAACACAUAUCACUGGCGCUUUUUACUAUAUAGAGGAUUCACUGACGCCUAAUACAGGAUACACUGGAGCUUGAUACAGGAUUCACUGGCGCUUGAUACAAGAUUCUCUGGCGCUUCGUAAAAGAUUUACUAGUGCUUGAUUCAGGAGUCCUGGCGCCUAAUACAGGAUUCCCUGGCGCUUGUAUAAGAUUCAGUGCCGCGCUUAAUACAUUCAGAUUAAUUCACUAUCAUUUACUCGAGCAACUUACUAACCUAAAUUUCAAUUUCUUUGCAGUGACAACAGAUGGCACUCCUCCACAAUGCAGCGAAUGCUUGGAAGUAGACAAUACAAAAAGAAGGCGAAUGGAGCUUAUAGAUGCGGGACUUAUGUUCAAUUCUCCCUACCCACCCCUCCUCCGAAAAGAGAGAACUGUUGAUGUUAUCUUGUCAUUUGACUUCAGCGCCCGCGAGGCGGACGAGGAAAGACCUUUUAAGGUAAAAUGGAGCACGUGACGUCCUGAGACUUCUCUGUUUGUAAUGACUAAACUCUGUAAAACUGGUUCAUUUAAUGUGAACACAACACGAGGUUCCCUUCUUUUAUAACAAGGGUAUUCGAAUAAGAACUAACAGAUUUCGACAAAAAUCUUGCUAAUUCGUGCUUCACUUCUAUUUAGUCAUUAAAGCAUUUUAUUUAGAGUGAAAUAAAAACACUUUUAUUUAGUAGAAGAGAAGCCAACAAAAAGUUUAGCAGGUUACGUUUAAUUUGAAAUUUUGUACUAAAUCACUGCGCAUUUGGUUCUUUUAUAGAACAUUAAAUUAGCUGAAGCAUGGGCCAAGAGAAACGGUCUUCUUUUCCCGCCAAUUGAUGCGGACGAGCAGUUUGAUCGAGAGGGCUGGAAAGAGUGUUAUAUAUUCAAACAUCCGACCAACCCUGAAUGUCCCAUAGUGCUUCACUUUGUUCUGGUGAACAAGACCUACAGAGAUUACAUUCGGCCAGGUGAGACCUUUACACGAUUACUCUUUCCGGUGUAAAUGUAUUGAAAAAGCCCCUCCAAAUGCGCCAAUCACAGACAGCUGUUGAAAGCCAACCAUUCAGAGCAUAGUAAGGCUAUCAGAGGACCUCAGCCGCGACUAAUGAAUACUAGCAGUAGGCAGUCGAUAUGUCGCGAUACAUCACAAGUGAAAAAAUGGAGAGAAAAACGAUAAUACUUCAUUAUUAUUGGACUUCAACACGAGGAAUGACUGUAACCUUUCUACGACAAUUCUGUAACGUUAUACAAAAUUAACUGUUAAGAAAUGUAUGGCGUCUAAACCUGAUCUUGGAAACAAAGUUUUCUAGCCUCGGCCACCCUUUUUCUGAAUCGGUCACGUGAUGUUAUUCGUCUCGGAUCGUACAGCAUCAAAUCAAAACCCUAUGCAACCGUUCAUUUUCACAUUCUUAAGUCAAAAUGUAGUAGGAAAAUGAUGUAAAGUACCUUAAUACCACAAAGCUCCACAACGAAGACGGGUAUGUUCUUUAGAACUAGUAAGAACUUCUUUCUUAAAUUUUAUUUUCUCUUCCCUUUUUAAAGGAAUCCCAAGAUUGUCAAAAGAGGAGAAGAAAGAUGGCAAUUUUCCAAUUUUCAAUGAUCCUGAUAAACGUUACAGCACAUUCAACUUAAAAUAUACUCAUGAGAUCUUCGAUCGGCUUAGUGGCUUAGUCGAGUUCAACACCGCUCUAAACGAACAGCUUAUCCGGGACACCAUAGCUGAGUGUGUACUAAGAAGGAGAGCACUUAACCAAUGAACAAAUAGCCCCUCCGACGUACCCGGAUGUGGAAGAAGAACCCGAAUAUUGAAGAAAUUUCUGCGUCAUGUUCAUAUGACGUUUUACAGUAAACAAAGGAAAGAGAAAAAAUGGACUCUGUUGCAAGCUAAUUAACGCGAAGAGAUUCGUAUGGAAUAGAUAGCUUAAGCAAAAUACAAUUGCCUCAUACACCACAGAGGAAUCCCGAUUUCUCAAAACUCUCGAUAAUUCAGACUAAUACUAACUUGCAUCCCUUCCCCCUUCCACCCUGUAAUUUUAUCCCCGAAUUUUCGAAUCAACUUCUUUUACUCGGGAGAUUGGAGGAAUCGCAAUUCAGCUGUAGUCAUUAUGAAAAUUUUUUAAACUAAUUUUUUAAACCAAGCCCCCUACCACUCCAAACCUGUUAAAUUAGCAGAUCUUCAAGUUUGAUUAAAAAAAAUUGAAAAGAGAAGGAAUCUCGAAGUGAAAAAAGAAAAAAGUAAACAUCAUAUAUAGCAGUAGCGGCUUGUUUCCCCUCAUUUCCUGCAUUGUAGUGAAGUUAACAAGAAAAUAUGUAUCUUUCCUCUGAAUUUCACUUGUUUUGUAAAGAUAGAAGUUAAUAUAUUUAUGCAUCAGAAAAUUAUAUAUGUACAUUGUAAAUAUUGAAAAUUAUCUGUUUAUUGCAAGAAAUCAAAUCAUGUAACACAUUUAAGUAAAAAGUAAAGUUGAAACAGAUGCUAUUAAAAUACCAGAUUAUUUUAUACCAGGUGAUACCUGUCGACUCAAGUGGUGAUUUGUAUAAUUUAUUCUUUAAGGUACUCGUAUAAGAGGGAAUAUCAAAAAUGACAAAUAUGAAAAAUAUUAUAUGCAGGCACUUCCAAAAAGAACUGUUUCCUAAACUUAAAUUUGCUUAUAACAAUAUAAAUUGGACAACAUAUAAUACGCCCUGUCAAAAAUCUACAAACUUUUCUCAUAGUGUAACAAUAUUAUUAC